AUGAACGUUGACUCUUCCGCACUUCUGUCUCAGGAUACAACGAGGGAAAUUCAGUGGCCUAUGGAUUUUCCGACCUACGUUGAUCUUGUCACCAUGAACGGACGCGCCAGUGCCGACUUGUACUUCAAAAUGGAUCCAUUGAAGCCCGAGUCGGUCCUCCACGGCCCACCCAAGGUUGUUAUAUGCAACGUAAAGUCGUGGAGGAACAAAAUCAGUGGUAAAAACUUUCUAAAGCAGGCAUGCUCCAUCAAAUCAGCGAGCAAUGGGGAGGCCAGCUUUAUCAUUCACCAGCCAGGCGGCAUUGAAACAUCCGUGUUCGCCACAAUUAUGCGUCGUCAGGACCAUCUUUCAGUUUGGCACGAUUUUCUGUGGAGUGAUAGUCUGGGUUUCUCAGACCCCAAGCCAUUAAAUAACUUCAUUCAAGAUCAUCGCCGUGGCAAUGCAUACUCUGUCUGCACCAAGUACGGCACCCAGACCUUCAAGCCUCUUGCUCUCACAUCUACCCAACAAUCUAAAGUAAUUGUUAGCGAUUGGAAAUUGUACGAGGAGGUAGACAUCUUUGCAGGUCAGUCAAAAAGUUGGCCUUUCUCGUGGCACUUCCAGACUGCAUAUGAUCGGAAUAGUGAGAAAUUGAAAAUGUGGAUCCGUAUCGAGCGCGGCUCAGUUCCUCGAAUUGACCCCCUUGCAUUGAACAUCUUGGUUCAAUCAUGCAUUUUGUCGACUUGGGUAAUGCAGUCCAUGAUAAUCGAAUACACACAAACAUGA